GGCUGUGCGCAUGCGCCUUGCAGCACCAAGAAGCGGUCGUUGGGAGCAGUGGGUCCGCUUUAGGACGAGCCAGUCGGAGUGGAACCUUGUGGAAGUGUCCCCUUCCCGUCAUAUUCUGUUCUACCACGAUGUCCAAACCCACUUUCCAGGCAGAAUGGGAGGAAAUCGAAAAGGAAUACCAACAAUUACAGGAAACCCAUAAAGUAUACAGACACAAACUAGAGGAGCUCACCAAUCUUCAGGCGACAUGCAGCAGCUCCAUCAGCAAACAAAGAAAGUCCCUGAAAGACCUGAGGCAUAGCUUGAAAAAGUGUCCACAGACCUGCAACGAAAAACAGCUGAAACUAAUAGCAGACAUCAAAUCACAAAUCAAGGAUAAAGAACAUGUUUUCUUUGAUAUGGAAGCCUAUUUGCCAAAGAAGAAUGGGCUGUACCUGAGCUUGGUCCUGGGCAACGUGAAUGUGACGCUUCUCAGUAAUCAGGCAAAAUUUGCCUACAAAGACGAGUACGAGAAGUUCAAGCUUUAUAUGACAAUAAUCUUGAUGUUUGGAGCCAUAACUUGCCUCUUUUUUCUUAACUACCGAGUCACUGAUGAAAUCUUUAACUUUUUGCUGGUCUGGUACUACUGCACUUUGACUAUAAGGGAAAGCAUCCUCAUCAGCAAUGGUUCCAGGAUCAAAGGCUGGUGGGUGUCUCACCAUUAUGUGUCCACUUUUCUGUCUGGUGUUAUGCUUACCUGGCCGGAGGGACAAAUGUAUCAGAUGUUUCGAAGCCAGUUCCUUGCGUUCUCCAUUUAUCAGAGCUUUGUUCAGUUCCUCCAGUAUUACUACCAGAGCGGCUGCUUAUACAGGCUGCGGGCUUUAGGAGAGAGAAAUCAACUUGACCUCACAGUGGAAGGAUUUCAGUCGUGGAUGUGGAGAGGGCUUACUUUUCUUUUGCCUUUUCUGUUUUUUGGCCACUUUUGGCAGCUCUAUAACUCUGUGACCCUGUUUCGCUUGGCCAGACAUGAUGACUGCAAGGAGUGGCAGAUAUUUAUGCUGGCACUGACGUUUCUCGUCCUGUUCCUGGGAAACUUUCUUACAACAUUAAAAGUCGUCCACCAAAAGGUUCAAAAGAAGGAGAAGGACAUCUAAAAGCAGUGACUGAGAACAAGUUCAGUGAAACUUCUCUGAUCCGUCGAAGGUCUAGUAAUCAUGAGUUAAACACGCACAAUCGCUUAACGGACUGACCCAUAAUGAUCAAGCUGAGAGGGGACAGAGCUGAAGCUUUUCUCAGGCUUCAACAGCAGCACCAGCUUCCAGCCAAAGUAUCCAGCUGACAGGUUCUUACUUUACAGUAACUCGAUGUUGCUGUGAAACAGUGUGGAUGAACACCAAGCAGGAUGAAGAGUAACUUGCUUUAUUCUGUCUAUAUGUAUAUAUAUGUUGUAGAAAGAAUGCAUUUCUAUGGAUUUGUCCAUGAGUUGCAGAGCGUCUUUGCUCAAGUCAUUAUGCAAGGACAGGUAGCAGAACAGAACGUUUACCUUUUGAACACUUGAACGUCUGCCAUACUUCUGUGAAGUAGUACUGGUCAAACUGGCGCUGGCUCAUUUUUUUUUUUUGACAUUUCAGUCGUUGAACUUUUUUUUUUUUUUUUUUGAUGAGAUGUUUUAAACCCACUGUCAUGCCACUUCACAGCUAACCAGUACAAACUUCUAGUCCACGACUGGGACUGGACUGGCUGUAACAGUUACAGAGAGGAGGAGGGGACUACACUGGUGUACUUUGAUCUAUCUACUGGUGAAGGGAGUUUUUGUUUUGUCAGAAAACUUCCACAAAAAGGGAAUUCGGCACUUGUUAAAAAACAAAAACUUUUUGGUGCAACUUGUGAAACCACAAGAUGCACAUAAAAAUGUAGCAUGUGAUUUCCUUAAAUAUUUCUUACAGAAACGUAACCUGUUUUAUAUAAACACUUUACUUUUUACAUCGUAUCAUUUUAUGAAGAAAAUAACAAACGUUUAACUGAUGGUCUUAUUUUGAAGAGAAAAGAAGCAUCAAGAUAACUGAUCACUUUAAAUCAAGCUGAAAAUGCAUUCGAGUCCUGACAGAGUUUUGGGAUCUUUUGUUACAUGAUGUUGUACAAAUGAUCAAAUGCUGCUGUUUGUGCUGCUACUCUCAUUACUUCAGCAAAGAGUACUGUUAUUUUCAUUUCUUAUCAGCAUACCACUAUACUGUAAUUGUACACAUUGUUUCAAUUUUGUAUCAGAUUAUUCACUGUAAUGUCGUUUACACCUAUUUUUAAUCUGUUUGAUGUUUCAAAAUGCAGGUGUCUAAUGCCUUAUUCUCCUCAGAAAAACAAAACUUCUAUAUUAUUUUUGAAAAUGCCAGCAUUUUGCCGAUUCUUGCGACAAAAUAGUUCCUUCAGAGAAUCGCUGCAUUUAUGAGUCUCCUUUAUUGAGGGGGAAAUUGAAGUGGUUACAUAUUUAUGUUAAAGCUGCCAUAAUGCACAAAUAAUGUCUUUAUUUCAUAAUGUUGCUGUUCAUUUCAAAACUGCAUCAGGUGCCAGGACGGUGGUCAGUAACAGGGGCAGGCGCCAGUUUCUUUAACCUGUUGUAUACAAAGAAAACCCAUGCUUCAUUAAACACAAAUAUGCAACUGUU